CACAUGACUUUCACAUGACCGCACAGUUAACCAGGGAACUGUGAGUUCCUCUUAUGCUGGUGGAUAAUUUAUUAAACCGGCGUCAUUUAUGGGCUGCAUUACAUAGAUAUUAGUGCAGCUUUGUGGGUUUGGUGAUAAAGUGAUAAGGUGAUGAGGUGAUGAGCUGGUACAGGGUGUAAUAGUGUAAACACGUGCUGCUCUGGAGCAGUUAGUUCACUCAGGAGAUCAUGGAGUGCGUGAUUGUCGGAUUUGCGGUGCUCUCUGUGUGCCAGGCUGCAGCUCUGCCCAACUUCGUGCUGCUGUUUGCGGAUGAUUUGGGUUAUGGAGAUCUGGGUUUCUCGGCUCACCCCACAGCACUCACACCGAACCUGGACCGACUGGCGGCUGAUGGGCUCCGGUUCACCGACUUCUACUCCACCAGCCCUGUGUGCAGCCCGUCCAGAGCUUCUUUGCUGACGGGCCGUUACCAGACCCGCUCUGGCAUCUACCCCGGUGUGCUGUACCCGGACUCAAUAGGUGGGCUUCCCCUCAACGAGACCACCAUUGCAGAAGUACUGAAGCCACUAGGCUAUGCCACAGGCAUGAUAGGGAAAUGGCACCUGGGCUACGGGGCUAAUGGUACUUACCUGCCUACACGACAAGGCUUUGACCACUACCUUGGCAUCCCAUACUCUCAUGACAUGGGUCCUUGUCACAAUCUGACCUGCUUCCCUCCAGAUGUGAAGUGUUAUGGCUACUGUGAUGUCGGUACAGUAACCGUACCUCUGAUGAACGGGGAGACCAUCACGCAGCAGCCUGUAGAUUUUGUUCAUCUGGAAGACGCCUAUAGUAAUUUUGCCACGGAUUUCAUCCGCAGUGCAGCUCAGAAACGUCAACCUUUCUUCCUCUAUUAUCCUUCUCAUCACACUCACUACCCACAGUAUGCAGGGUGGAAAUCUGUGGGCCGAUCGCUCAGGGGGCCGUUUGGAGAUGCGCUGCUGGAGUUUGACUCCACUGUAGGAAACAUCCUGCAAACUUUGGAGGAAACAGGCACCCUUGACAACACACUCGUCUUCUUCACAGCUGACAAUGGGCCAGAGCUCAUGCGAAUGUCUCGUGGAGGAAAUUCUGGGUUGCUGAAGUGCGGUAAAGGCACUACAUAUGAAGGAGGAAUGAGAGAACCUGCCAUUGCAUACUGGCCUGGAGUCAUCAAACCAGGUGUCACUCAUAGUCUAUCCAGUACUCUGGACAUCCUGCCUACCAUUGCCAGAUUGGCUGGAGCUCCAUUACCCAAGGUUCAGCUGGAUGGCGUGGACAUGACUGAUAUAUUGUUCAACCAUGGAGCAGGUCAAAGGGAGGCCAUGUUUUACUACCCCACUGACCCCAGUGAGAAGUAUGGUGUGUUUGCAGUGAGAAUGGGAAAAUAUAAAGCUCAUUAUUACACCAGGGGAUCGCCACAAAGUGGCACAACUCCAGAUCAGGACUGUCAGUUAAUCUCCUUCCUGAAGUAUCAUGACCCUCCUCUGCUGUUUGACCUAGAGUCUGACCCAUCUGAAAACUACAAGCUGAAUGUGAAGGCUCGUCCUGAGCUGGCCAGUGUGCUGCAGAAUAUCAAGGACCUCAAGGACAGGUUUGAGGCCUCAAUGCAAUUUGGAGAGAGUGAGAUUGGAAAAGGAACUGAUCCUAAGCUGGCGCCCUGCUGUAACCCAGAGUGCUCUCCCAAACCGAAAUGCUGCCAGUGUUUAACUACACACUGACCAGUUUAUUAAUAAAUAUCACAGCUCUUUUUCUUUAAAAGGGAAGACAAGCCAGAGAUUAAAGUAUUAAAUCAGUCACUGCCACUCACACAUCUGCUGUGUUUGAUCAGUAGAGAUACUGAAUGCCUAUAAAACAGUGUGAAAUGUGUGUAAUUAACAUCCCUUUUGCUCUUAAAUUUAUUAUCAUUUAACACUGGAUCUGACAUAUUUGAAAGGGGUAGAUGCUGUUCUGUUAUAGUCACAUCUCAGCCCUAGUCACGCAACAGCAAUCUGAUUUCUACUGAUUCAAGAACAUUUUCUGUUUUGAUUAAAAUGACUUAUAAGAAUCAUGAAUAAUUACUCUGUCUAUUAUGCAUUUUUGCUAUAGCUCUUAAGGGAUGACAAAAUUAUAAAUAAUAUUCAUAGGAAUUAUUUACAUCAGUAUAUCAGUAAAAAGGCACUGAAGAAAGUUUAGUCUUCAUUUUUAGUCAUUCUCAGAUUGCUUUUAUUUUAGUUAUUUCAAAAUAUGGUUUAAUUUUUUUGCUGUUUUUAUUAUUUUGUACACCCUUAAUCUGACACGUUUGUCAUUUUUUUUCUUUGCAAAAUGUGUGUAAAAUAAAAAAAUAAAAUGUGU